CCGGUAGGUGUGACUACAUUUAGUCGCUGCAGAUUUGUUAGUCACAUUAACAAGGUAUUGAGAGGGGUUCACAUACAAAAGACCGCCGAAGCCCUCCUCGUCCUCAUCCUCCUCCUCGGACUCGUCCUUCUUCUCAGUCUCAGCAGGGGCGGCAGCGCCACCGGAAGCGGCAGCGGCAGGAGCGGCGGAAGCAUAAGCGUCGGGGUUGGCAAUGCGGUCCUUCAGCUCCUCGAUCUCGGGCCAUGUGAUCUCGGUGGAGAUCGCAACAGCAAGAACCUUCUUGUAGCUGUUGACAACCGAGUGCAGAACAGAUGGCAAAGUGGGGAAGUUCAAUGCCAGAGAGAUGGUGGCAAUGGUGGUGAUAGCCUGAGACAGAGUCUUGAGGAGCUGCUCCUCACCGACAUCGAGGACGCUGGGAGGGAAAGACUGUCCCUGGUCGUAGACCUGAGAGAUACCCAUGCCGUAGGUGAAAGGAGAGAUGUUAAGCAUGUUGAGGAGCGUGGCCUCGGAGGGACCGACCUUGGAGCCGGCCUCAACGAGCUUGAGAUCAGUGGUGAUUUCAAUGGUACCACGGGCAAUCUUGGUGGGGACACCGAGGGCCUGGAAGAAAGAGGUCUUGCCAGGUUCCAUACCAGUGUUUCCAGCAGGAACCCAGACAUCGGCGGGGGCGAGAGCACCGGCACGAGCAGGAGCAGCAACCUUGUUGGCGAGGAUGAUGUCACGGACCUCCUUAAGGUCGUCGUUGGUGAAGACGAAACCAACGUUGCCCUUGACGUGGGGGAGGAGACGCUCGUACUCGGGGGAGUCGGGGAUGAAGGUCUUCAAGGCUCGGCGAACCUGGAAAUAUUGUUAGCAACCGGAGGGUGUCUUCUUCCUCAUGAAGGGACGCACCAUGGUGUUCUUGCCCAUGAGGACGACACCCUUGCUUCGGAGAGCCUGUCGGAUCUCGUGCAUCUGCUGAGAGCUGACAUUGUCAACCUCAACGAUGAAGAUGGAGUUGUAGGCCUCGAGCAAGCCCUUGAGCUUGUCGAAAUAGUUGGCCUUGUUCUCAGACUUGCCCCCCAUAUCUUCUUAUUUUUCUGAAGGCAGGAGUAUUUAAGGGCAAGGGGUAUCGUAAAAUGAAAUUGAAGGUUGAUGAAGAUGUUGAUGAAAACGAGAAAACUCUUUUGGCAGUUUCGGAAAAUGUGAUGUGAAUUCGCUUAGGGCAUGGAGACGCUAGUCUUCUUUGGGCAGCCUAGGUGGCUUAGGUGGGGAACUAAGCAUAGGUACAUUCUCGAUGUAUCUUUUCUAUCACGUCCAUGAAAGUGGAACUUGAUCUGUAGAAGAGUCUGAUUUGAGCUGUCACCGAGCAACUGCUCCUGUAUCAAAUCAAAUCUCAUCGAUUUUGUAAUCAAUAUUCGAUCAACUAACAGGGGUUCAGGCGUCAUGAGAUUCCCCUUCAACGUUGUCCACGUCAGUGGAAAUGUUCUCUUUGCUGCUCGAGGAGGCAAGAUUCAUUCUUUUAGCCUUGAGGAUGGAUCUCACAUCUCGACGUGGAAACAUCCAGAUGUUGACAGAGUAGACGCGGCAGUUAAGGCGAUCUCAGAUGGCAUCUUAACUGAGAAGCCCGUGACAAAGACUCAUACCGCCGAGGAAGAAGAUGGGGGUGGACCGCCAGCUAAGAGGCAAAGAACUGAAGAGCCAAAAGAUGAGACAGCUCCAACCAAGCCAGAAGGCCAAGAGGAUACUCAAAUCUCGGAGGAAACGAAAAGCAAGGGAAAAAAGAAGGGUGGAAAGAAGAGCAAGAACAGACAAAACCAGCAACGAGCAAAGGAUCACAACAUCUCACGCGUGCCCGAUCGCCCAGUCAUUACGCAUCUGACAAGUACUCUUGAUGGCUCCUGUAUCUUGGCUAUCACUGGACAUGACAAGGCCAUCUGGGUCUUUGAGAAUGACGGGAAGGGCUCCAUCAACCAAAUCAGCAAACGAACUCUUCCCAAACGCCCUAGUGAUGUCGUUAUCGGACAAGACUCUCAGGUUCUUGUCGCUGAUAAAUUUGGAGACGUUUACUCUCUACCUCUCCUCUACGAUCCUACUCUCCAAACAGCUUCAACCCCCGCCCCCGCCAAACCGGCCUAUAAACCAUCUGCCAAUACUACAACCGUUCACUCGAAGCGCAACCUGCGAGCUCUUCAAGAGCAGCAAAGACAGAUGGAGCUUUCUUCACGGACCAAAAACGACAGCAAUUCUAAAGCCGAAGGUCCAGACUUUGAGAUUACUCUAUUGCUUGGCCAUGUUUCUAUGCUUACUGCACUCGUGAUCGGCGAGAGUGAGGGUCGGCGAUACAUUCUUACUGCCGACCGUGAUGAACAUAUUCGGGUUUCAAGAUACUUUCCUCAGUCAUAUGUCAUCGAGGGUUUCUGCUUCGGUCACACAGAGUUCAUCAGCUCCAUGGUCAUUCCAGCCUCGCGUGGUAAUGUUCUGGUGUCGGGUGGUGGUGAUGAGGACUUGUUCGUCUGGGAUUGGAAAUCAAACAAGCUCCUCUCCAAAAUCAACAUCUUGUCUCUAGCUCAAAAUAUAUUGCCCGAGAUUACAAAGGUAGCUGUGUCUGGGCUUUACAGCCUGGUAUAUCCACACGAUGGCUCGGAUCUUGUUUAUAUUCUUGCCAUAUGUCAGGAUAUUUCGGCAAUCUUUUCAUGGCAACUCACCAAAAAUCACGCCCUUAAUCACCCAGCUAUUAUCCAGCUUCCCGGCAAGCCCCUCAGCCUCUCUAUCAAGCCCGCCAAGGGCAAUGAAACACCCAAGAUCGUCGCUGCUCUGGACCCCAGCGAUCCUACGCAAGCAAGAAGCCUGGCUGUCUACUCACUCACCAUGACUGACGAGAAGCUCGCCACAAGUACCAUAGCUUCGGUGGAUGGCGACGAUAUCGAAAGCACUGAACUUGAUGUCGAUGAGAAAACCGUGAGGAGUCUUUUAUAUAACACUGAACCUCUAAGAAAACAAGCCACGGAACGGGAAGAAGAAAGGGGUGAGGAGCAGGUGCCCGAAGACCAAAUGAUGGAAGAGGCUGGGCCUGCUGAGGAGCAAUAGGGAUGUACUAAAAGUAAUAGAAAAAGAAAUUAUUUUUGCAGUGCCGCAAUGGAAAAGGGUCAUUUCCACAACCCUACAAAGACGAGUUUGUCACCAAGGCAGAUACCCCUAGGCUAGAUACUUAGUUGAGUAUCUAGUAGACAGUGAAAGAGGCAAUGUGCUCGGCACUUAGCAACUUGGACAUAGGUAUCUUGCGAGGAUGUGGGCCAUGCCUCAGGAAGCAAGAAAACAUCAGACCUUAGUAUAAGGCAUUAAAACAAACUUAGUAGAGCUGCCCUUUAAGUCUAUAAUAAACUUAUCCUAA